CAAACAUAUAUAUAUAUAUAUAGGCACAUAUAGCGAGCUAGCAAGCUAGAAGAGCCAUGACUUCGAACUUGGUGAACUACAAGAUUAUCUACGACAACGUCGCCUUGCUGAACCUGUCGGGGACGGGGAAACACCUCGUCAGCCUGGCCCUCAUCAAAGAUUUCGACACAGCAGUCAGGAGGGCCGUCAAUGACAAAGUGGUCGGCCUCAUAACCGUCCACAGCGGCAACUGCUUCUCGGGCGGCCUCGACUACGAUUCGGCCCCCGAGGCGGUGUUGGUGGGGGCGUUCGCGAGCCUGAUUGCAAGCCUCAUCAGGCUGCCGUUCCCGACGGUGGCCAGGGUGACGGGCCAAGCGUGCGGGGCAGGAUUCACGCUGGCGCUCGCACAUGACUACUUGGUGCUAUCGACUGACUCCACUGUUAGUCUGUGCCAAAACGAGCUGACUGAGGGCCACGAGGUGCCGUCGUUCGCUGCUGCGCUGCUGUUCGGCAAGUUCCCGCGGUCGGUCGCUUGGGAGCUGGCAGUGUUGACGGUGCCAGUUAUUCCCCCAAAUUACUCGCCCAUAUCUGACUACGUGAAGAAGUACGUAGGGUGGAGCAUAGAUGAUGUUGCGACAAAACUGCUGGAGCCAGCUGCUGGCCGCGUCGGCACCGCUUACAGUGCCGUACGGAAGAGUCUGCUGGCCGAGUUGUGGGCGUUGGUGAAGCCCACAACAACUCAAGCCUAGUUUGGGCCUGCAUGCACGCAUGCAUGGUCGAUCGCCCCCUCGAUCAAUCGUCUCGCGUAGUAUAUAUAUAUAUAUGUACGUAUAUAUCACCGUUAGCAGGUGCGUGUCUGUUGGCUUCGAGUCCGAGUCCGAGUCCGAAACAGUAAUUUGUUGUGCUCGUAUUUCCCUUUGAAUAAAAUAGGGGGCGAUGUCCGUCGAGUCGGUCUGUGUCCUCGGCCCUGUACUGUGCUGGGAUGUUCUAUAUAUAUGCUUGUACUGGUAAUGAAUUAUGCUUGUGCGUGUGCGCGCGCGUCUUUAUUUA